UCUGCAGAAGAACGAAACACCCGGAACGUUUCUGUUACUGAAUUUUGUGAAGAAGAAGAAGUGAUCUGGUAGUGAAAUUAAGCAGAACAGUAACCACACUUCAAUCAGUACUGACAUCAAAAACUUCUGUUCACUGGUUUUGUCGGGCUAAACUGGGAAAGUAAAGGAACUGUACGAACUAAACGAAUGAAACGUCCCAGAAUUCAAGUAUGGAUAAAGUAAUCAACUGUUUCCGCAAAAAGCCAGACGCUGUGGCUAGACUCAUAUGUUUUCCCUGGGCUGGGGGUGGCUCGCUCCCCUAUGCGCGAUGGGGGAACAUUAUUAGCUCGAUUGAAGUGUAUGCUGUACGUUUACCUGGGAGGGAGUCUCGUGUCAAGGAGCCUUUCCACCAGAGCAUGCAACAGGUGGUGGAGGAGGUCAUCACUGUAUUGUUGCCUGUCCUUAGGGAGAAGCCGUUUUCCCUAUUUGGGCACAGCUUUGGUGCCAUGUCAUGCUUUGCCUUCGCUGAGUCACUGAAAAAAGUGCACGGGAUUGAACCGAUCCAUGUCUUCCUCUCCGGGGCCUCUGCUCCAUAUUCUGAGACCCGUCUCAGUGCCCCCUCCAGGAGCAGUCUGUCAGAUGAAGAGUUCCUACACUGGAUGCGUACCAUUGGGGGCACGCCCCCAGAGCUAUUAGCCAAUCCAGAUGCCAUGAAGUUAUUCCUUCCUCCACUGAAGGCAGACCUUCAUGUAGUUGAGAACUACAGGUGUCCACGGCCAGAGACUCCCUUCCUCUCCUGCCCAGUCUUCUGCUUCGAUGGAACACAAGACAUUCCACACGACCUCAAAGCCUGGAACGACAUGACAAGUGGAGACUUCAACAUCCAGAUGCUGCCUGGGGCCCACUUCUAUCUGAGGGAGGCAGCGAAUGAGAAGAUUAUACUGGACAAUGUCACCAGACACCUGGAGACAGCAGAGAUGGACUACCUGUGACUGGAGCAUGUUGAUCCGGACCUAUGGCCCACUAUAGCACCUUGCUUUUACCUGAGAAAAUAAUAAUUCCCUUAAAAUCA